AUGGGUGAGAAGGAUGUGAUGAAGGGCGAAGGAGAGAAAAAGCCCGCCGUAGACGGCGGCGAAAAGGAGGCGGCGGCGGCGGACGGCGGGGAAAAGAAGGAGGCGGAGCCCCUCACGGUGGUGCUGAAGCUUGACUUGCAUUGCGAGGGCUGUGCCAAGAAAGUCAGUCGCUCAAUUAGCCAUUUGCAAGGUGUCGAGAAAGUGAAAGCUGACCGCGAGUCUAGGAAGCUGACCGUGACGGGCAGCGUGGACCCCACCUGGCUCCGGCAGACGGUUGAGAACAAGACGAAGAAGAAGGUGGAGCUCAUCUCCCCUCAGCCCAAAAAGGACGGCGGCGACGCCGCUGCUGCCGCCGCGCUGAAACCACCGGAGAAGGAUAAGGCCGUUGACAAUGAUAAAAAACCCAAAGAGGUUGUGAUUAAUACGGUGGUGAUGAAGAUCAAACUGCACUGUGACGGUUGCGCCCAUAAAAUAAAGCGGAUCAUAUUAAAAAACAUCGAUGGUGUUAGCUCGGUAUCGACGGAUUUUCAUAAGGACUUGGUCACGGUGAUCGGGAGCAUGGACGUUAAGGGACUCGUCUCAUACUUGAGAGAGAAGCUAAAACGAGAGGUCGAAAUCAUCCCUCCGAAGAAAAGCAACAACAACGACGAAAAGUCAUCAAAACAAAAGGAAGAAGUAGGCGAAGGUCACGUUGACCCAAAAAAGGAAAAACCAGGCGGGAAAAUCGAAAAAGAAGGCGGGAAACCAGACGCAGGCGAUGAUGCAGGCGAUGAUGGAGGAGAGAGAAACGAUAAGGAGGCCGUUAAGGGUGAGAAAAACGAGGAGAAUCGUAAAAAAGACUGUGAACCCGAGGCUGAGGAUGUCGGAGGGGAGACGAAGAAGGAGAAGAAGAAAAAGGGUAAAGAAGUAGCUAAUAAGGUGGAGUUGAACAAAAUGGAUCGAUAUUAUAAUUACAAUCCACACACGUACUACUACGAAAUGCCAGUGCACGACCGAACCUAUUCAAGUCACGAGUAUGGCUCGUCGUCUGUGUAUCAUGAUAAUCGAGGCUUUUAUUCAGAUUCAAAUUUUGCUGGGCAGUACGCGCGCGCGCCCCCUUUGCCUCCGCCUACGUAUUUGAACGCGAACGACGGGUUGUUUAGCGACGAGAAUCCUAAUGGGUGUUAUGUGAUGUAG